AUGACGUUUGCUAUUGGCAACUCUACAAAUCAGCCCACAGAGGUAGAGCUGUCUUCGUCUCUGUCCCUAACCACAAUUGCGGCUGUGACAGCGACGAGCUCGUCGCAUUAUCCCGUGACCACCGAAGCAUGGGCGACUUAUCCAGCACCACAAGGUGCGUCUCCAAUUCACUACGGAGAUAGUCUCGCCAUGCCGCGCACCGGCUCUGCAGGCUAUCCCAGUGAUACAGAAUGGUCGUCUGUGCGGAACUCAUUCUCACAUUCUCCAGCCAGCGGGUUUGACAUCCCGAUGCACGAUAGCGGCAUGGGGUCACACGGGUAUAGCACCCCCUACAGCUACCCAUAUCAUGGCGAGUUCGAAGCAGCCGCGAGCCCAUUUCUCGAUGCCGCUGGUGCUGGCAACGCGAAUCACUAUCGCCGCAGCUCGAAACAAAUGGAGUCCUCGGCUUCGACGCGGACAAGGAGGAGAUAUCCACUCUCACCACCACCGCCAACCACAACUAGAUCUGCAACCAGUUCAAAACUACGCUCAGCAUCAAGGGCCUCGAAAAACAACCAUUUAAACCCGCCCGCAACAGAGGAGGAACGAAAGAACCGAGCCUCCCACAACCAGGUGGAAAAGCAGUAUCGAAACCGGCUGAAUGCGCACUUUGAGGCACUAUUAAACACCUUGCCGCAAUACAUGCGAGGCGGAGAGGACGAAGAGGACGACGAUGGAGAUCGCAAGAUUAGCAAAGCAGAGGUGCUAGAGAUGGCGAGACGUCACAUUGUCACCCUCGAGAGAGAGCUCAUAUCCAUGGAGGAAGAGAGAGACGAGCUAAAGGAAAAUGUAGAGAGGUUGAGGUGGGCCAUGGCAAGACCCGACAAAGACUAUGGAAAGGGGAUGGGCCCCACAGGGCCCGUAUGA